AAAAUAGUCAAAUAACCACCACCGCAUCAAAAAUAAGAACGAUCCAAAGCGUGCGGCUGAAAAAGUGACAACAUAAGGCCGGUGUGUGCUGUCCGAAUCGGGACUAGCGCAGCAAGUCCCGUGCUGCAGUUCCAUUCGGAUUCUGGAGAGCGACUUCGAAACCGCCCAGCAUCAAGCACAAGACCUGCUGAGCUUUCGGGUUUCCCCCACAUCUUUAACUGCCUUUCGCAACACCGAUCCGGACGCAAUUCGGCGGUCUCGUUUGUCUCACGAGCUGAAAGGAGACCAUGCAGAAGAGCCGGGCCAUCAAUUCCGCCCUGGGGUCAAGGGCGUUCGUCCCCGCCCCCAAGGUUCAAUUCCAGGUGCAACGCCGCUCUCUUCAGGAUGUUGCGAUCACUAGAACCGGAAAGCCGAUUCUGAAGGUCCAGGGUGGACGGUCGUCUCUUGGAGGUCAUACUGCAACCGUUUUCGGUGCCACUGGCUUCCUGGGCCGAUACAUUGUCAACAAGCUUGCCUCGCAGGGAUGCACAGUCGUUGUCCCCUACCGUGAGGAGAUGGCCAAGAGACAUCUCAAGCCUACAGGUGACCUUGGAAGAGUCAACUUUCUGGAAUAUGACCUGCGAAACACCCAGUCGAUCGAGGAAAGUGUCCGUCACUCCGAUGUCGUCUACAAUCUUGUUGGCCGUCAAUAUCCCACAAAGAACUUCUCCUACACGGACGUCCAUGUCGACGGUACGGAGCGCAUUGCUGAGGCCGUCGCCAAGUACGACGUUGACCGAUUCAUCCACGUCUCUUCGUACAACGCCAACAGAAAUUCCCCCUCCGAGUACUUCUCGACUAAGGGAUGGGGAGAGGAAGUUGUUCGCUCUAUCUACCCCGAGACUACCAUUGUCCGACCUGCUCCUAUGUUUGGUUUCGAGGACAACCUCCUUCACAAGCUUGCCGGUGUUACAAACCUCCUGACCUCCAACCACAUGCAGGAGCGCUUCUGGCCCGUCCACGCUAUCGACGUUGGUGCUGCUCUCGAGCGUAUGCUGCACGAUGACACCACUGCUGGACAGACUUUUGAGCUCUACGGCCCUAAGAACUACUCGACUGCUGAGAUUGCCGAGCUUGUUGACCGCGAAAUUGUCAAGCACCGCCGUCACAUCAACGUUCCCAAGGUUGCGUUGAAGCCCUUGGCCUACUAUCUCAACAAGUUCCUCUGGUGGGACAUCAUGUCCGCGGAUGAGGUCGAGCGUGAAUUCAUCGACCAGGAGAUCGACCGUAGCGCCAAGACCUUCAAGGACCUUGGAAUUGAGCCGACUGACCUGAGCACCCUCACCUUCCACUACCUGAAAGGAUACCGUAGCGCCUCCUACUACGACCUCCCUCCUGCCACGGAGCGUGAGCAGCGGGAGGAAAAGAAGUACUUGCACGUUCUCGACGACCAGUAGUUGUCUGUGUUUUUUUAAAUGUGUACAUAAGUUUACUAGACCCAAUCAAUUUCCUUGCGUUGUCAUUCGUACAGCAUCUGGUGAAAUGACGUAGUCAUAGCUUGAAGAGCCGAGGUGGAGCCAGGCCAAUGCCAGCAAGAGCAAUGAUCGCUAUUCUACUAUCUGCCAAAUCUGCGAUAACAAUCAACGGCAUUGGUUAUAUUGGGCCAAAAGUAUUCGAUAUAUAGAGGUUCAUUCCGUAC